GAUGGUGGGGUUGGUGGUAGGGUCGGGUUAUCACCACGAGGAAAUCUCCUCCAGCUUUCCCGCUUCUUCUUGAAUCUCUGUAUCUCACUCUCACACUCCCAUAGAGAGAUAGAGAGGGGGGAGAAAAUGACUGAAAAUGAGAGAAAAGUGGGGGAAAGCAGAGAGGCGAUGUAAGAUAAUGUGGAAGAGUUCUUGCAGCUGCUGCUCUCGAGAUGGACACCCCUGAGAGGAACCAGAUCGCGGCUCCCAUUUCUAAAUUCGAGGACUCUCCUGUCUUUAACUUCAUCAACAGUCUUUCUCCUAUUAAGCCUGUCAAGUCCGCACACAUUGCUCAGACGUUUAACUCACUCAGUUUUGUAUCCCUUCCGUCCAUUUUCACUUCACCCCAUGUCAGUUCCCACAAGGAAUCUAGGUUCUUGAGAAGGCAUAAUUUCUCAGACCCGUCAAAGCCCGAGUUUUCUUCUGUAAAUGGAAAUAAAGUCAGUACCAAUGAAGAGGUUAUGGAUGCCGAUCAGUUGUGUGGGAACUCUGGUAAGCCACUGGAAGAUUUUGAUCCAAGGAGUUCCAUUGGAAAAGCCUCUUUUGAGCCAAACAAUGGACACUCUGAGCUUGCAAUUGAGCUGCCACAGACCUUAAAAUAUGGCUGUGGUAGUCCUGACUGUGACCCAACACCUUGUGGGGGUACCGAGGUAGAGUUGGCAAGCAAAUCAGGAUCACUUGCUCCAUUUUCUGAGGAGGCCUCUGAAACAGGUAGAUUCAACAGUCAAUUGCAUUUAAAAGGAAUGUGUCAGAUUGAGCAAAAAAAGGAAGAGGCAGGCUGUGACUGGGAGAGUUUGAUUUCAGACGCUGCAGACCUUUUAAUUUUUGAUUCACCUGAUGACACGAGGGCUUUUAAGGGUCUAAUUCAGAAAUCAUUAGAUCCUGGGACAAGUGUUUGUGCUUCUCUUGGAUCGCAGUUUUCACAGGAUGAUGUUAGUGAUUUGCAGAAAAAGCAAUUUGUUGGUUCAGAUGAUUCUGGUGAACACGAAACAGAUGACCCUUCCACUCAACCUGAAGAAGCCAGCAAGCUGAAUGGAAUGGACCAGAAACAAGAGAACCUUGCUAAUACUUCUUUCAAGGACUGCAUGGGUAGCAAUGCAAGUGGGGAAAUGGAUAAUGAGGGUGGAACAAGCAUUCCAGUCCCUUCUAAGACUCUUUCCAAUUUGCAUCGUGGUAUGAGAAGACGCUGUCUAGUUUUUGAGAUGGCAGGAGUUCGUAGAAAAAACAUGGAUGAUGGUUCAAAUUGUAGUUCUUCCAUGUUAUCACAAUCUGAUGGAACAUUUGUGCCUAAUGACAAGCAACUAGUACCUCUUAAACCUGGGAAUGAUUCUUCACGACGCAUUCUACCUGGAAUAGGUUUGCACUUAAAUGCUCUUGCUACAACUUCAAAGGACUACAACAUUGUCAAGCAUGAAACUUUAACUUCAGGAAGGCAGUUAAUAAGUGUGCCAAGCUCCUCUGGCUCAUAUCUUUCUGCAAUAGAAGGUCAAGAACCUGUAAAUAAAUCUUUGGCUUUAAACUCUUUAGACAGAGAGACAGACCCUGCUGAAAAUGGAUUUCAGGCUCUGGAAGAUGCUUCUCAGGCAUCUGCAUAUGCGAUUAGUGAAGAGCUCAAUCAGAGUAGCCCCAAAAAAAAGAGGCGUAGGUUGGAACAUGGUGGAGAAACUGAGGGCUGCAAGCGCUGUAACUGCAAGAAAUCUAAAUGCUUGAAGCUUUACUGUGAAUGCUUUGCUGCUGGUGUCUACUGUGUAGAGCCAUGUUCAUGCCAAGAAUGCUUUAACAAACCUAUUCAUGAAGAUACUGUUCUUGCAACUCGCAAACAGAUCGAAUCUCGGAAUCCACUAGCAUUUGCUCCCAAAGUGAUUAGGAGCUCUGAUUCUUUGCCGGAAGUUGGGGAUGAACCUAGCAAAACUCCAGCUUCAGCACGACACAAAAGAGGAUGCAACUGCAAGAAAUCAAGUUGCCUAAAGAAAUAUUGCGAAUGCUAUCAGGGUGGUGUUGGAUGCUCCAUUAACUGCCGGUGUGAAGGGUGUAAGAAUGCAUUUGGUAGAAAGGAUGGUUCUGCUCUUAUAGGAAUGGAAGCAGAACUAGAAGAAGAAACAGAGACAUUAGAGAAGGGUGUGGUGGACAAGAAUUUGCAGAAAUCAAUUGUACAGAAUGAUGAGGAAUAUCUGGAUUCUGCUCUUCCAGUGACACCAUUGCGCACUUGCAGGCAACCAUCUCAAUUGUCAUUUCCCUCAAAGACCAAACUACCACGAUCGUCUUUUCUCACUAUUGGGUCCUCAUCUGGGUUGCAUACUAGCCAAAUAUUUGGAAAGCCAAAUUUUCCACAGCCUCAGUCCAAGUUUGAGAAGAAAUUCCAAACCAUCCCAGAAGAUGAGAUGCCUGAGAUUCUUCGAGGCAAUUGCUCUCCCACCAGUAGUAGCAUCAAGACUGCUUCUCCCAACAGUAAGAGGGUGUCUCCUCCUCACUGUGAUUUCGGAUCGUCCCCUAGUCGAAGGAGUGGCCGGAAGUUGAUACUGCAAUCCAUCCCAUCAUUUCCUUCUCUUACACCUCAGCAUUAAAUGUUGGUGUUUCCAUGGAGUUGAGAUGAAAUUAUUUACGAUCUUAUGCAAGUAUGUUGUUUAUCUUAUGUCAGGUUGGAAUUUUCUUCUGUACUCUAGCAAUAAAGAUUACAUCUUGCUCUCAUAAUAUCCAACUACCCCUCAUAGAAGUC